AUGGCUCCUAUCCGCAAGUCAAAAAUGGCGAAAACUGCCUCGGGCAAAGGCGCCAGACCCAAACCCAGUAUCUUUGGUGAUGAAUUCCGCACGAGCAAGAGGGACAAGCGUCAGAUUAAGCAUGCUGCCCUAGUCUCCAAGAUCGAGAAGAACUCUCAGAAGACCCCUAAGCGACGACGACCAUCAAAAAAACUCGUCGCGAACCUCGAAUCUUUGGCUGAUGCCCUACCGGACGCUGAAGGUUCCAACGAUGCUGCUAGUCAAGUGAAUGUGAUCAAGCAGAAGACUCUGCAACACAAGCCAGGAGCCUUGAAGCGCCGGGAAAAGCUUGAGCGAUUGGAACGCGACCGCUUCAACAAGAACAUGAUCGAUAUGUCCACUAUCACCGCAGCCCCGGUUGCUGACAAUGCGAAGGCCAACAACGGGUCAAAUCCAACGGCCGGUCGGUGGUCUGCCUUGCGUAACUUCAUCUCGCAAACGAUGGAACAGCAACCUGUGUUCAAGGCGGAUAAAUGA